AUGGAUGUUGAUGUGCUUGAAGAGUUUGCCAAUAGGCAGCUGUAUGUGAGAGGGUUUUUCCAUGACGUUAAGAACACUACUAGAAGUUUCAAAUCAUGGGAUAAAUGUAUGGACGAUAAGCCAUGUAAGAUCAUUGCGAUUGUGGGUAUUGUUCUAGCAGCAAUUUUCGGGAUGUAUUUAGUCGGUGGUUUACUAUAUUUCUUGAGAUCGGGUGUGACAAAUAUCUCAGAGUUUAUAUGUUGGUGUUGCUUCUGUAAGAACAGAAGUGGUGGAGCUGCACCAGGGAAUGAUGGCUACCGGGGACAGCCUCCAGCCCCUCCAAUGGUUGUUUACCAGCCUAUCCGUGAUCCAGAUCCAGGCUAUGGUGGUUAUGAUGGCUACAGAGGAGGGCCAGACGUUCGUAGAGGCAGAGGGAAUAAAGGAUACUAUGACGAAAGAUUAUCUAGAUCUUCUGAUUUGGAUGUGGCAGAAAGUUACGAUCUAGAAGCUCAGAAAGAUCCAUUUAACAAGAAGGGAAACUAUAGGCAGAGUGAGGACACAAUACCGAUGCAGAGUUAUCACCCUAAUCUAGCAUCGCCUAACCAGUACCAAGAGCCUUCUCCAUCACAUUCGCCGGUCAGAGGUAAUACAGGAAGCACGUAUUUCCAGCCUUCUACGAAUUACUAUGUUCCCAAGUCCAAUUCGCAUGGAGCAGAUAAUGGGAACGUAUUUUAUGAAAAUACUGCGUACCAACCUGAUAGAACAAUGUCCACUGCAACUGCAAAUGCAAAUGCAAAUCCUCCACCCGCUGGAGGAUAUCAAAAUUUCACCUCUAGGGCUCCGUUCCCUCAGGAUGAUGAUAGAGACACACCGGGAUUCAAUCGUUAUGGCGGUUAUUGA